AUGUCAUCUCCCACCUCUUUAUCUCAGAACCAGAUUGAUUAUAUUGUAUGCCAAGGCAUGUAUUCGAUGAAAUGCCUGAGAGGAAUGUGGUUUCUUGGGCUGAUGAUUUCAGUUCACUUCACUUUUGCUGCAGUACUACUAGUUUCUUGCACAGGUAUUCUCGAGGAAAAAAAAAAAAAAAGAACUUCUCGUACAGGUGCUUCUGGGUUUGAGCUAGGAAGGCAAAUUCACUCUCUCAUAGUCAAGCACAAUUAUGAAUCCCAUAUAUUUGUUGGAAGCUCAUUUCUUGACAUGUAUGCAAAAGCUGGCAAAAUCCUUGACGCUCGAGGGGUUUUUGAGAGCUUGCCAGAAAGGGAUGUUGUUUCUUGUACUUCAAUAAUUUCAGGCUGUGCCCAACUAGGUCUUGAUGAAGAGGCAUUAGAACUAUUCAGGAGGUUGCAAAGAGAAGGAAUGAGCUCAAAUCAUGUUACUUAUGCUAGUUUGUUGACUGCAUUUUCCGGGCUUGCUGCACUAAAUCAUGGCAAACAAGUUCGCAACCAUUUUGCUAGAUGUGAAAUGCCCUUUUAUGUAGUUCUUCAGAAUUCUCUGAUUGACAUGUCCUCAAAAUGUGAAAACCUUAUUUACUCGAGAAGGAUCUUUGAUACUAAGCCUAAGCGAACUGUUAUCUCAUGGAAUGCAAUGCUUGUGGGGUUUAGUUCGGGACGGAGUCAGGGGUGGGUUAAGGGGAGCAUUGGGCAUUUUUAA